AGUUUUAUUUCCUAAACAUGCUGCAAAUUUUUUGCCACCAAGUAUUGAUUUUCUUUAAUAUUAUAUCUUUGACAGCAACCCAAGCUGAUAUCUCCGAAUUUUUCGAUUCACACUGCGAAAGCCGGUGCAAUUUUCUGGAAGAGCAUUUGAACUCUAAAACUAAAGCAUCAUUCCCAACAGGUUGCAGCACAGUUUGCGCCAACUUACUUAUAGAUGAUAGCACAGACAUUUCUCAAGAUAAAAUGACUUUGUUAUUCAAAAAUAUAAAAGUCCUCUAUGGGUCUCUGCAUGUGUACCGCACAAAUUAUACAAGUGGAAGGUUUCUUGCCGGAUUGAAAGUUAUAGAAUGUGAUUCCAAUGGAGUUUUUAUGUGGGAUGAGAACCAAAAUAUGAUAGAAAUUGGUAUGACCAGUUUAACUACGUGUUUUUGCAAUUUUGAUGUGAAUUACAACAGUAACAUGAAAUGGAUGAACUUACCGAACUUAAGGAACUUUUCUUCAAUAAACUCUAAUUCUACCCAAAGACAAAUUGAAAUGGUAAUAUACAGUAUGCCUUCUAACUUUUGCAUUUCCAUACAAGAAAUAUCAAACUUCAUUCAAAACUCGAACCUUUACAUGGGAGAUUUGCCAAAAACAUUUUGCCCAAUCACAUCCGACUUUAUAUCUGGAGAAAAGGUGUGCCAAUUCGGCAUAGACGCCACAACUUUAAGAAAUAUGACAUCGAAUUGUGUUCGAGUUUCUGGGAAUAUUACGAUAGAAGCUGGUGAUGAAGAGUUUGUAUACAAGUUGAAGUCGAUGAAGUAUUUAUUUGGAAGUUUAAAGAUUUUUAAUGUUAACUUAACUCAAGUUGACUUUCUCAGCAGUUUAGAAUACGUGGUUACAUUGGACAAUAAGCCAGCCAUAGAAAUGUUGUCGAAUCAUUUUGUUUUGAACUUUACUCUACCAAGUAUAAAGCGAGUGCGCUCAACAAUUCAAGAAUGGUUAUAUUUUGCACUAAUUGAAGACGAAUUGGAAGCAUUUAUUUUCAAACAACCUAAUGUGUGCAGUCCUUUUACUGAUAUCUACGGUAGAACUGUCCUAUACAGUACUCAAAUUGCUGGAGUUCAUUGUGAAGAUAAGGUGCCAAAUGUUCCAAGCAGAAAUUUUCCAACCAGUGGCAGGGACAAUUCUGCUUUCUCACUACAUGGAUGUUUUCAAACAAUUAUUUUCAUGAUUUUUGUGCAUUUCAUUUGUUAAAAUUAACAUUGAAGCUUUCUAAUAUGGUUUUUUUAAAUUCUUACUAUAACCAUUACCUGAAAGUAUUGUUUUCUAUUUUAAAAGUGCUACCCGUCAAAAUGUUUUCACAAUAAAAUUUAAUACAUACUGUU